AUGGCUGCUUACCUGCAGUGGCGCCGCUUCGUGUUCUUUGACAGGGAGACGGUGAAGGAGCCGGCCGGGCCCGACGGGGGCGGAGCGAAGCCCUUCGCCCUUCCGCCGGGCAUCACCGUCUGCGACUCGGGCAGAGGCAGCCUGGUUUUUGGGGAUAUGGAAGGUCAGAUCUGGUUCUUGCCACGCUCUCUUCAGCUUAGCAGUUUCCAGGCUUACAAGCUGAGGGUGACUCACCUGUACCAGCUGAAGCAGCACAGCAUUUUGGCGUCUGUUGGUGAAGAUGAAGAAGGCAUUAACCCCCUGGUUAAAGUCUGGAACUUAGAGAAACGAGAUGGUGGGAAUCCUCUUUGCACAAGGAUUUUCCCAGCAAUACCGGGUAACAAACCUACAGUUGUGUCCUGCAUAACUGUCCAUGAGACUCUUAACUUCAUGGCUAUCGGCUUUGCAGAUGGAAGCGUUGUGCUUACAAAAGGGGACAUCACACGAGACCGACACAGUAAGACCCAGAUCUUACAUGAAGGCAAUUACCCAGUCACUGGCCUUGCCUUCCGCCAGUCUGGGAAAAUCACCCACCUUUUUGUUGUCACCACGGAGAACAUCCAGUCCUAUAUGCUGUCGGUGAAAGAUUAUCCUCGUCUGGAGCUGGACACGCAUGGUUGCGGUUUACGCUGCUCCACGCUUAGCGACCCCUCCCAGGACCUCCAGUUCAUUGUGGCAGGAAACGAAUGUGUGUAUCUGUACCAGCCAGAUGAGCGUGGCCCCUGCUUUGCCUUUGAGGGACAGAAGUUGAUCGUUCACUGGUAUCGGGGAUACCUCGUCAUCGUUUCCAAGGACCGGAAGAGCUCUCCAAAAUCAGAGUUUGCUGGGAGCGACCCGCAGAACUCCGACAAGCAAAUCUUGAAUGUCUACGACCUGUGUAACAAGUUCAUCGCGUACAGCUCGGUCUUCGAUGACGUGGUGGAUGUCUUAGCAGAGUGGGGGUCUCUCUACGUGCUGACUAGAGAUGGGAAGAUCCAUGCGCUUCAGGAGAGGGAUACUCAGACCAAACUUGAGAUGCUGUUCAAAAAGAAUCUGUUUGAAAUGGCUAUUAACCUGGCCAAGAGUCACCACUUGGAUAGCGAUGGCUUAUCAGAGAUUUUCAGGCAAUAUGGAGAUCAUCUAUACAACAAAGGGAACCAUGAUGGAGCCAUUCAGCAGUAUAUACGAACCAUUGGGAAGCUAGAGCCAUCUUAUGUGAUCCGGAAGUUCUUAGAUGCUCAGCGUAUACACAACCUGACUGCGUACUUGCAGACACUCCACCUGCAGUCCCUUGCCAACGCAGACCACACCACCCUGCUGCUAAACUGCUACACCAAACUCAAAGACAGCUCCAAACUGGAGGAGUUCAUCAAGACCAGUGAGAGUGAGGUCCACUUUGAUGUGGAGACAGCAAUCAAGGUGCUCCGUCAAGCAGGUUACUUUUCCCAUGCUGUGUACCUGGCAGAGAAGCAUGCACACCAUGAAUGGUUCCUCAAAAUCCAGCUGGAGGACAUCAAGAAUUACCAGGAGGCAUUGCAGUACAUUGGCAAGCUGCCAUUUGACCAGGCAGAAAGUAACAUGAAGCGGUAUGGCAAAAUCCUGAUGCACCAUGUCCCCAGUGAGACCACAGAAUUGCUGAAGAUCCUAUGCACGGACUACCGGCCCACAGGAGACCGUGAAGGCUCUGGGAUGCUGGAGGGGAAAAAAGCUAAUUCUGAAGAGUUCAUUCCAGUCUUUGCAAACAACUCCCGGGAGCUCAAGGCUUUUCUGGAGCACAUGACAGAGGUGCAGUCUGACUCUCCCCAGGGCGUCUAUGACACACUGCUGGAACUUCGACUCCAGAACUGGGCACAUGAACAGGAUCUGCAGAUCAAAGAGAAGCUGCACAGCGAAGCCAUCACCCUGCUGAAGAGUGGAAGGUUCAGAACAGUUUUCCAUAAGGCUUUGGUCCUGUGUCAGAUGCACAACUUCAAGGAUGGUGUCCUCUACCUUUAUGAACAGGGCAAACUUUUUCAACAGAUCAUGCAUUAUCACAUGCAGAAUGAGCAGUACAGGAAGGUGAUUGAGGUGUGUGAGUUGUAUGGAGACCAAGAGACCUGUCUCUGGGAACAGGCCCUCAGCUAUUUUGCCCGGAAAGAAGAGGACUGCAAGGAAUACAUCACAGCAGUACUGAAGCAUAUUGAAAACAAGAACCUCAUGCCUCCACUGCUCGUUGUGCAGACUCUGGCUCAUAACUCCACGGCCACGCUGUCUGUGAUUAAAGAUUAUCUUGUCAACAAGCUGCAGAAGCAAAGCCGCCAGAUUGAGCAGGAUGAGCAGAGGAUUCAGAAAUAUCGUGAAGAGACCACAAGGAUCCGCCAGGAGAUUGAAGAGCUCAAAACCAGUCCCAAGAUCUUCCAGAAGACAAAGUGCAGCAUCUGUACAAGUGCCCUGGAGCUGCCUUCAGUCCACUUCCUGUGUGGUCAUUCCUUUCACCAGCACUGCUUUGAGAGCUACUCAGAGAGCGAUUCAGAAUGUCCCACCUGCAUGCCAGAGAACCGAAAGGUCACAGAUAUGAUCCGAGCCCAAGAACAGAAGAGAGAUCUGCAUGAUCAGUUUCAGCAUCAGCUCAAGUGCUCUAAUGAUGGCUUCUCUGUUGUUGCUGAUUACUUUGGUCGUGGGGUUUUCAACAAGCUCACUCUCAUUACGGAUCUGCCCCCAGGCAAAUCAGCCACAACUAUUGACGCUGGCCUGCAGAGGGAGCUCCUCAUACACACAAAACGCAGCACCUAGAGCCAGGCCUUCCCUGGGACGCCUCCCUUGUGGAUCUUGUACUAUACUUAUCUUGAAGACUCUGUAAAUUAGUUGCUUCUUGAUUUUUCAACCUCUGCAAUGAACUGGGAUGGAACUUGACUGGAGAGGAUCUAAAAAGAGGGCAUGAGCUAAGUGGCUAUAAAUCUCGUGUUGUUGGAAUAUGUAUGAUGCAAAGAACUGUACUUUCUGGGAGGGUUUGAGUCCAGGUCAGGGUGCAUAGCACCCUUCUGACAGCCUCACAGUGCCUUAAGCCCUGGGCACACCAACCUGUCUGCAACGCUGCAGGGCAAUCUCUGGUGUCACAUUUGCCCAGCACAAAGCCUUUUGCAGCAGGUUUCCGCUGGGCAGUAACUGAUUGUCCUGUAGGUUGGGUCAGCCAGCGUUGCAGCUAAUUAUACUAGCUUGACAGAACUGAAGGCUAUGAAAAUAACUGGGUUCCUUGCCCAAUGAUCGAGUGUUAUGUGGUGUGCUUGUGUUGGGUUUUUUGUUGGUUUGUUUUUUAAUUUGGUUGCUUGUAGACCAGAGAUGAAGUCUGGUUAUCACUGAUGGAAAAUCAGAGUUUGGGGCCAGAUGGUCUUUUAGGGGUGUAAUUGCUUCAUUUGGUUGCUCUGAGAUUAUUUUAUGUAAUGAAGAAUGGCCUAAGAGGCAUGUAGAUAGAAAUUCAACUCAAAUGUGAGUUCAGAAUUUCUCGUGGCAGCUGCUCAACCCAUGUUUCACCUGUAUUAAAAGUGACCUCACACAAA